ACAGCGCGCGAAACGUGAAACAAUCGUCUAAGAACUUGAGAGAGAACUAGCUGUAUCAGAAAAAUAAAGACAUCGAGAAAAUGAGCAAAAAGGAAAGCGCAGCUCUAGAAUUUAUAUUUGCUUACAUAAACGAGAAGAAUCGUCCUUACAGUGUCCAAGAUGUCUUCACUAACUUACAGAAGCAGCACGGCCUGGGAAAAACGGCUGUUUCUAAAGCCAUGGAACAGUUGACAGUGGAAGGAAAGAUCAAGGAGAAAACCUAUGGGAAGCAGAAGAUCUACUUUGCUGAUCAGGCCCAGUUUGAAGAGGUGAGUGAGGCAGAGCUGAAGGCAAUGGACAGUCACAUCUCUGAGCUCAGUACACAGGUACAGACUGUCUCUCAGAGCUGCAGACAGCUAGACACAGAGCUUAAGGAGCUGAAGAGCUCCCUGACCACAGAGGAAAUGAUCUCAGAGAUCCAGGAGCUGAAAGCAGAGUGUUCUGGCUACAGGGAGCGCCUGGGGAAAAUCAAGUCGGCGACCAAUCACAUCACACCAGAGCAGAAGGAGAAGGUCUACAAGGAGAGAAAUCUGUAUGUUAAGGAGUGGAAGAAAAGGAAGAGACUGGCAUCUGAUAUGAUGGGUUCCAUUUUGGAGGGAUACCCCAAGACCAAGAAGCAAUUUCUGGAGGAGGUUGGCGUGGAGACCGAUGAGGACUAUCAGGUGACUGUGCCGACUACCUGACUGGAUGCAGGAGGACGUUUGUGUUGUUUGGUUUAUUGACCUUAAUCAAUCUACGAUCAGAACUUUAAAAUUCUAAUUUAUGUUCAAUGUGCAUUUGGAUUAUUUUGUUGUUGUAAUAAAACCAUGUACAGAUG